AUGCCCGGCACCUACGGCCAACCAGAACAGUCUAUUGACAAGCGAGACUUUGACGCAAACCGAGCUCCUCUGCUGAGCACAGAUCCGGACGACCCUAGUGAGGAGUGGAUGCCUAAACCAGGCCGAUCGCGACCUGUAUCGAGUUAUUCACGUCGCUCGGGGGAGAGUCGGCGCAUAGCGGGGAGUGAGGAUGGUCUUCUCAGCGAUGUGGUGGAAGGCAUUGUCGAGCGCGAUCGGGAGAAAAUGCAAAGGGAGGUGAUUCGGGUCAUAAGCUUUGUCUGGAGUGUUGUGACUUGUCUUGGAGCCGGUAGUAUUACCGCCUUUUCGCUAUAUGGUCAUCUGUUCCUCACCCGGCUUCGAUAUACUCAGCUUCAGGUGAACGCCGUGUCGAUCGCGGCCGAGGUUGCCUUGUACCUACUUGCGCCCCUGUUUGGAUACCUGUGUGAUCGGUACAGCCCGUCGCCCUUGGCACUUGCCUCGGGCAUUCUGUUUGGAGUGGGAUACCUUGUUGCGGCUUUGGUGUAUCGAAGCGGGCCUCCCGUAGACGCUGGUGGUUCGGGAUGGCCCUUCUGGAUGAUGAUUGUGGCCUUCAUCGCUAUUGGGAUGGCCACUAGCUGCAUGUAUUUGGCUGCCGUCUCGACAUGUGCCAAAAAUUAUGGCCGAGGCAAACACAAGGGUGUCACGCUGGCUGUCCCGAUUGCCGCUUUUGGCCUCAGUGGGAUGUGGCAGAGUCAGCUUGCAACGUAUGUACUCUGCGAGCGAAGUUCCGAUGGCACCCGCGGUGAUGUGGAUGUCUUCCGGUACUUUGCGUUCCUGUCGAUCCUAUUGCUGGUCAUUGGAGUCGUCGGAAUGUUUGCUCUGCGCAUCGUCGAUGGUGAUGAGGAGAAGUACAUCGACGAAACGGUUGAAGAACUGGAACGAAGUGGCUUGCUCGAGGAAAGCGAAUUCUUCCGACCGCGAAAUGAGAUCCAAGCCGUUCUCGAGUACGGCACGUUUGGGGACAAUGCGGAUGAUCACUCAAUGACUCUUUCCGAGGAAGAGCGCGAGCAGCACCGUCUUGGAAAGGAGCGAGAAGAGGAGGAGCGCCGCAAGAAAAACUGGCUGCUCAACUAUGAAACGCGAGUCUUUCUUCAGGAUCCCACAAUGUGGUGGCUCGCAGCGGGAUUUUUCCUGGUGACGGGGCCUGGGGAAUCAUACAUCAACAACCUUGGUACAAUCAUACCGACUUUGACACCACCUUCUUACGAGGCAGACGCCUCGCCUCCCGCUGGUCUCCCAUCGACUCAUGUCACCACUGUGGCUUUGACUUCAACUAUUGCCCGCCUCCUCACCGGCUCUCUUUCGGACUUUUUUGCGCCGUCUGCAGUCCAUCUCUUCCCCCCUUUACCCGAAAACGCUCGCCUUCGGCCAGUCCCAUCCAACGACAAGCGUCCAACCAUCUCCAGAAUGCUGUUUCUUCUUCCCUCUGCUUUUCUCCUGGCAAUCGGCUACCUGAUUCUCUCCACUCCAAUUCCUUUGCACCAGCCCCCCAUCUUUCAUCUCACCACCGCUCUCGUUGGGUUCGGCUAUGGUAGCGCCUUUUCUCUCACCCCCAUUAUCAUCUCGGUGGUAUGGGGGGUAGAGAAUUUCGCCACGAAUUGGGGCAUCGUGGCCAUGAUGCCGGCUCCCGGGGCAGCACUGUGGGGUAUCAUUUACUCCGCUGCAUACCAGCGUGCGGUCAAUGGAGGUGCUGGACUGGGCUCUCCCGAGGGAGAGUGCCGUGGCUGGGGGUGCUAUGGACCGUGGUCUGUUGGCUGCACAAUCAGUGUCUUCGUAGCCAUUCUGGCCUGGGUAGUGGCCUGGAGAGGAUGGAAACGCAAGGGCGUUGUUGUCUGA